GAUUCACAGGUUGCAACUUUCUCUCAAACUCGAAACUACUUACAAUACAUCCAAAACAUCCGGACCGUCUUUAGAUCUUCUUUAGACUUAUUACUUUUUACAUUAUGGACAGCAAUCCAGAGACUCAAAGCAUCGAUUCUAUCUCGCAAGAAAUGGAACUUCUUGCAAUGGAUCCCGCAGACCAAAGAAUCGCCCGUGAAUCUGAACAACAGAACACCGAAGAGUAUGCCGCCAAGAUAGCCUUGGAAACAUCUCUACCAGAUGCGGAUACCAGUCCCACGACCUUGAUUUCUGGAUCUCAACAAGUUGGACAAUCGAGUCUUUUACCCGAGAUCAUUUAUCACAUCAUCAAGUUUCUUGAUUUCGAAGAUGAUGUCCCAACCAUAAUCUGUGUCGCUCUGGCAUCGAAACUUUGUCGGGAUCUUGUAGCAACACUCAUUGGACUGCAUUUCACACCCCCAGGAGAAGAAAGGGAAGAAAAAUGGUUUCUCAUGGGCCGUAACGAGCCAUGGAAUCUCACUCUCAAACAGAGGUUGGAGCUCGCACCUCUGUUGAAGGACUGGGCUGGAGUUAACUACAGACCUGCCGAUCCCAAGACCAUCACAGUCUUAGGUUUAGCUCCACAUGAUCAGCGAUUUUGGGAGGCACCAAAUGUCAUGCUACUGUCCCGUGCAGCGUAUGGCGAUACAUGGAUGCAAGAAUUCGCCUUGCCACAACGACAUGCGGACUACCAUAAUAUGAUCUUGCCGUUCACGUACAAUUUCGUGCCACACACGCCAUACUUUCCACCUCCGCUGCGCAACAAAGUCAACUGGUACGAGGAAAUGGCAAAACUUAUUGUCCAUGAAUAUAUCAUGGGUGAAUGGAAUGAAGAAGGCAACACCCAUAUUGGUGCCUGGUUCGACCCUGAAAGAGUGGUGUGCGCUCCACCAUAUGACUCCAGGGGCUUGUGCAAUGCGCGGCGAGAAUUCUGGUCAGAAUACAUGCACAGCAGCUUGAGAGCUUGGGUUCACCACGAAGGACCAUCAAAGUUUGAAGGCAUGGGAGACGGCAAUGGCUUCAUUGUGUCAAAUGAGGACAGUCUCGUGAAAGUUGCAUAUGAUAUUCGGGUGAGACCCCAUCCAUGGACCUACAAUGGUCGGGAUAACUUUCACCGUUCGAUAUGUCUUGAAGAGGGCGCCACAACUAAGCAGAUGUUGAGGGCUAUUGAGAAAGACAUCAUCUAUUCCUGGGGCCCAUUAACUUGGGAGGAAGAUGACAGUGAUUGAGUCGAGCACGCUUUCGCUUUGUUUGGGAGUGAUACGUUUGAUAAGGAAGGAUUAGAAGAAGUCUAGCACAACUUUAUCACCGUUUAGUAUAGUCCUCCAAAAUGCAACUGUUUCAUAACAAAAAGAGUUUCAAUCAUUGUGAAGUCCAUGCAGUUGUAUUUAGGCCUAAACGCUACAUAAAAAUUAUAUGCAAAUAGUCUGUGUUGAAUUAAAUA